UACUCAUCACCUUUUCAUUACAUUGUACUACUAAUAUUCCUAGAAUCAAAUCUUUUGUUCUGUCUGAAUUUCUCUAUCUCUCCACCCCUCUUAAAUUUUUUGUUUUGUUCGGGGUGAACCUCUCUCCAUCUCUCUCUCAUUCUUUGAUUAUUCUCUCUCUAAUUCUUUGAUUUUUUAUUCAUAUUAGCAAAAACCCAAUAUUUAUCAGGAUAAGAAUCAGAAUCUUUAUAUACUUCGGCGAAAAAAGAACAAAAGAUUCAAUUUUUAGCUACAAAUCGUGUUCUUUCACGGAUUUUUUUUCAAAAGAUUUGAUUUUUAGAGGAUCCCUUUUGACAAUUUGUAAUCUUGGAGCUGAAUUGGUGGAUAUAUAAAAUACACACACAAAUUUUUUUCAUUGGGGUUUUUCAUUUGGCCGGAAAAUGUUGGAGCGUUGGCUCGGACAACGCCGGAGACGGCAAAUUCAUCGGAUUAUUCGGAACAGCAAGCUGACGUUGUUGUGUCUGGUGCUUACGAUUGUUGUUUUGCGCGGGAAUUUAGGUGCCGGAAAAUUCGGGACGCCGGAGCAAGACUUGAAAGAGAUAAGGGAUACAUUUACCCUUUACCGGAAAAGGUCGGAGCCUCGCCGUGUUCUUGAACAAGUCACGACUGUCGUCGAGACGACGUCGUUUGCUAGUGGGAAGAAUAUUAAUAGUUAUGGUGAUCUUGAUAUUACUAAAUUCUUUGUUGAUGAUGAUGAGAGUGAUGAAAUUAAUGAUGUGAAUGUGCCUUAUAGUCUUGGACCGAAAAUUAGUGAUUGGGAUGAGAAGAGAGGGGAAUGGUUGAGGAAGAACCCGGGGUUUUCGAAUUUUGUGCAACCAGGAAAACCCCGGGUUCUGUUGGUCACGGGGUCUGCCCCGAAACCUUGUGAGAACCCGGUUGGGGAUCAUUAUUUGUUGAAAUCUAUAAAGAAUAAGAUGGAUUAUUGUAGGUUACAUGGGAUUGAGGUUUUUUAUAAUAUGGCAUUGUUGGAUGCUGAAAUGGCUGGUUUUUGGGCUAAGCUGCCUUUGAUUCGGAAGCUUUUGUUGUCUCAUCCCGAGGUUGAGUUUUUGUGGUGGAUGGAUAGUGAUGCCAUGUUUACUGACAUGGCAUUUGAGAUUCCCUGGAAGCGGUAUGAGGAUCGGAAUUUGGUGAUGCACGGGUGGGAUGAGAUGGUGUAUGAUGAUAAGAAUUGGAUUGGAUUGAAUACAGGGAGUUUUUUGUUGAGGAAUUGUCAAUGGUCUUUGGAUCUUUUGGAUGCUUGGGCUCCAAUGGGACCGAUAGGGAAGGUUAGAGAUGAAGCAGGGGAGGUUUUGACAAGGGAGCUUAAAGACAGGCCUGUUUUCGAAGCUGAUGAUCAGUCUGCAAUGGUUUACUUGUUGGCUUCGGAGAAGGACAAGUGGGCUGAAAAGGUCUAUCUUGAGAACCAUUACUAUCUUCACGGGUAUUGGGGGAUUUUGGUUGAUCGCUAUGAGGAGAUGAUCGAAAAUCACAAGCCUGGUUAUGGUGAUCACCGGUGGCCUCUUGUCACACAUUUUGUCGGGUGCAAGCCUUGUGCUAAAUUUGGGGAUUAUCCAGUGGAGAGGUGCUUAAAGCAAAUGGACAGGGCGUUUAAUUUCGCGGACAAUCAGAUUAUGCAGAUGUAUGGUUUUCAACAUAAAACACUUGCUAGUCGGAAAGUUAAACGAACACGAAACGAAACCAGCAAUCCUCUGGAGGAGAAGGAUGAGCUCGGAUUGCUUCAUCCGCCGUUUAAAGUAGUCAAGGCAGCAUCUGCUUGAAGAGAAGCACAAGAGAUUAAGCUUGCACACCUAAGGUUGAUAUGUCAUUAUGCCUCAGAAAUAUGUAAUCUUCGUUCCAUCAUUUCUCAUUUGUCAUAGAAUUAGAAAUUUUGUCUGCUUUAAGGUCUUGAAUUUUGGGUUAUUCAUUCAACAUAAUUCACAAAUGACAACAAUAUUGAAAGGGUUGGAAA